AUAUGGUUUGACAGGAACUGCGCUCGACCAGCGCCCUUAUGAUUCUGAAGAUUUUCACUCAUCUGUCUAGUCUUAGUAGGCCUAGCAUUUUGGGUUCGGCAUUCAAUUCAUCAACAUGGAUUCCACCAGAUUUAUCGUGUUGCUCAUAAGUGUGUGCUGUUUGUAUUGUGCCUCUGCCCAGGAUCGAUGUUGCUUUCCAAAGCGGUACAGAAUCGACUAUGACUUGGAUUUCAUAUUCAUUCAGGCAGACGGUUUUUUAGGCUUUCAUCCAACCAACCUCAGUAUCACAUACGACUUCAUUAAGCCACGCGCCUUGUUGAGGACUGGUACUUUCGACGUUGCAACCGGGACUACCACCUACGUGAACCGACUCCGCAAUUAUAACAAGAAAUUGGAAUGGGUUUUCGGGGACAAUUCUCCAAAUUGUACGAUACGGGAAUUGACUGCGCCCGAUCCACUGCGCUGUAUUCCAGAUAAUGCGGAGUUUUUGGAAGAUUACCACAUAUUGGAGGACAUUGAAGUAACCGAUUGGGAGAUUCAAUUAAAUCGAUCCGGGAUACUCGGAGAGCAACAACUGUCCGUUACCAAGGAGGGUUGCUUGCCGACUUCGGAACUAUUUCAUCUCAUUAAUUAUAAUACCAUUCCACCAAGUCCUGUCAUUCAGAUUGGAAAAUUCAAGAACUUCGAAAAAUUAUCGCAGCCACGAACCAACAAGGAGUUAAAGGUUCCUAAAACGUGUCCAAAGGAUAUUGCUAAAAAUCCGACAUUACAAAGACGGAGCAUCGACAAACAAAAGGGAGCAAAUAUCUUGGCAGAUAUGGAUACAUUAAAUGUGAUGCAACCGUUAUCAAAUUGGUAGCCAACGAUGUCGUUUUGUCGCAUAUCACCAAAGCUCGUGCGUACGAUGACGCACACGCACAAUGAAUCUGGCAUGAUGGUGUUACUUAUGAACAAGUUAUGAACAAAGAGGACAAUUUUGAUUUGUUGACGCAAACGAGUGAACUUGCGUUUGCAUCAACGUGUUUUCUCAAGCGCUGGGUGACGGUCUUGAGACUAAAACGAUCUUCAAAAUAUUGAGACAGAAGAUGGUGUGAAGAUUAUUGUAUAAUCGGUUAAUGUUUUUUUUUAAAUAUAAUUUUAAUACAAUAUAAUGUACGUUUACAAUUGUGUUAUUUAUCAUUAAGUUGGAAAAAACAAGGGGAGGGGAUUCCGAAGCAUGUACCAACCAAUACUAAUGUCUGGCCUUCUGUAUAUAAAAAAUAAAAUAUAUUAUAAACAAUAA